ACUUUGAUCCUGCUGAAACGCUGCUGGUAUAAGAAUAAAAGUUUAAACUGACCAAAAGUUUUGAACCAAUAACUUUAUUUUUAUUUUUAAAGGUUCGAGAGGAAAAUCUAACAUGACAUCUGAAAGCAAACCAGUGCAGAUCAAACCGAUUAUUAUAGACAGCAAAGAGGAUAUAGAUGAUGUCCAUCAAGCUUUGGAAAAACUGAUGGGACUUUCUAAAGAGGACCAGACCGAGGCAAAGAUGCUGCAUUCCAGAAUCGAAGAGCAGUCCAGUCUAAUCUGCAUGAUAAAGCGACGGGCCAAUGAGACGCUGCUCCGCUGUCAGGCCCUGGAGCGGAUGAACGACGAGCUGGAGAAGCUGCAAGCUGACACGCAGAUGAAGCUCCAAAAUGAGCAAGAUCGAUCUGAACAGCUGGAGCAGAGGUUCAUGGAUCUCGCCGCCAAUCACAGAGACCUGAUCAACUUUAAAGAUGAGUACAAGAGACAGAACGCCGAGUUGGCGAAGGAGAACAGAGAGCUGCGAGAAUGUAAUAAAAAGCUCUUCAGUAAAGAGCUGCAGGAGAAACAGGAGACCGUUCAAAAAGUGACCCAAGAGUUGAAAGAUCUGUCCGAACAAAACAGAAAACUAGAAAAAGUGUAUCGGGACAAAAUAACAGAUUUCCAGAUGAAGAUGAAGAAGUUGAUGGAUCUCCAUCAGGAAAAAGAAGCUAAACUGCAAGAUGAACUGCACACGACUCAGAAACAGUUAAAAACCGUAAUGAAAAUGUCUGCAGAGAUGGAUUUAAAAUUUAAGCAAAGUCAGGAAAUAAACACAAUGAAGGAAUUAGAGACUCAGGAGAAGCUUGAAGUGCUGAUGAAGGACAAGAAGGAGUUACUGGAACUGUCCAUGCAAAGAGGGAAAAUGAUCCAGGACAAACAAGAAGAAAUUAAGGAGCUGGAAAUAAAGAAGCAGGAGGCUGAGAAGGCAAAGCAAGAUGCAGAGGACAGAUUUAAUAGAGAAGCAGCUGCAGUGAACAGAGAGCUGAGAGUGAUGGAGCUUCAGGAUGCUCUUCACAAAGCUGAGGAGAAGUGGAACGAUCUGAAAAAGGAGUUUGAGGCAUAUAAAAAGCACACGAGUGACCUGCUGGCUCAGGAGAAGGAGUUAAAUUUCAAGCUUCGACACAUGAUGAACUGAGAUCUCCAUCCAGUCAUACGUUUCAGCUCUCUUUUUUUUUAAUCUGUAACUUAUUUUUACUACAUUUUUAAGUCUUGUAUUUACAUUAAUAACACAAUAUACAAUCCAAAAAAUAGGGACAGUAGGAAAAUUGUUUUACAUCGCCUUUUUUUUUACAGUGUUGUGUAAGCAAUUAAGAACAUUGGACAUUAUUGUUGUAGUUGUGAAAGUGGACACCCUUCAAAAUAAAGCUGCCUAGAUGGCAGCAAAUGUUGCUAAAAUGCAUGUACACCCUUCAGUGUUAAAUAUGUUUCCAGAGAUGUGCAAGUUACCUUUGCUAUAGGUGCUACCACACCCCAUACAUGACCAACACUGAAUUCUGAACUUUGGAGUCAACACUGACUAACAAUCAGGAUGGUUCUUUUCCUUUUCGGCCUGGACACAAUGGCAAAUACUUCCAAACACUACUUAAAGGUAGACUUCAGAUAAGCUGAAUUAAAUGCCUCAUUUGACAUAUAUGCAUAUAGAGGUGUACAGUUCAAUUUCCACAUAUCCCAUUGAACGGCGCCCCUGGAGCAGACAGGAUUAAGAGCCUUGCUCAAGGGCCCCAACAGUGGCUGAAUGGCAGAGCUGGGAUUCAAAUUCUCAACCUUUCAGUUGAUAGACCAAAGCUCUACCCACUAGGCUACCACUGUUAAUAUGUUAAUAAAUACAUAUAAAACUAUAUUCAUUUCUGGAUUUUGUUAAUUUGUGGCCUUCAGUUUGGAUAGUAGAGUCUUAACUUUCAUUCAUAGAUGCACUGACCAGCUGUGUUUAAUGGCAAACACCCUUAAAUUUAAAAAAGGUAUAACAUUUAAUAUUUUUUGUACUGUUUUGAAUUAAUUAUUAAUAAAUUGUAUAAGACAGAUUACAAA